UACUUGAUUCCUGCGUUUUCUCGCAGCGCUUUUGACCUUUUACAUGGCUUCUCGAAUCACAUUCACAUCAUAGUCACUGGGACACCCAAAAUCAACGCACCGAAACAUCAAAACCCUAACGCGCCACCUUCAAUGGCGACGACACGAUCCGCGCCGCUCCUCAAGCAACUCCUCACCCGGCUCAACCCGACCCGCUCGGUCACCUACAUGCCCCGACCCGGAGACGGCGCCCCGCGCGCCGUGACUCUCAUCCCCGGCGACGGGAUCGGGCCUAUGGUGACCGGCGCGGUGGAGCAGGUGAUGGAGGCGAUGCACGCGCCGGUGUACUUCGAGAAGUACGAGGUGCACGGUGACAUGAAAGCGGUGCCUCCAGAGGUGAUCGAAUCGAUUAAGAAGAACAAGGUGUGUUUGAAGGGAGGGCUCGCCACUCCCAUGGGUGGUGGCGUGAGUUCGCUGAACGUUCAGCUGAGGAAGGAGUUGGAUCUCUACGCUUCUCUCGUUAACUGCUUCAACCUACCUGGUCUUCCCACGCGCCACGAAAAUGUUGAUAUCGUCGUUAUCAGGGAGAACACUGAGGGAGAGUACUCCGGCCUCGAACACGAGGUCGUUCCCGGCGUUGUUGAAAGCCUCAAGGUAAUAACAAAGUUCUGUUCUGAGCGCGUUGCUAAAUAUGCUUUCGAGUAUGCAUACCUAAAUAAUAGAAAGAAGGUGACUGCUGUGCACAAAGCAAACAUUAUGAAACUUGCAGAUGGUUUAUUCUUGGAAUCCUGCCGAGAGGUUGCUAGAAAGUAUCCUGGAAUCAAGUAUAAUGAAAUUAUCGUAGAUAACUGUUGCAUGCAGCUUGUUUCAAAGCCUGAACAGUUUGAUGUCAUGGUAACCCCCAAUCUUUAUGGAAAUCUUGUUGCAAAUACAGCAGCAGGUAUUGCUGGAGGCACUGGAGUCAUGCCGGGAGGUAAUGUUGGGGCUGAUCACGCUGUGUUUGAACAAGGUGCUUCAGCAGGAAAUGUUGGUAAUGAGAAAGUAGUGAUUCAAAAGAAAGCCAACCCAGUUGCUCUCCUCCUUUCUUCGGCCAUGAUGCUUAGACAUCUCCAGUUUCCUGCAUUUGCUGACCGAUUGGAAACUGCUGUGAAACGAGUCAUUCUGGAGGGAAAAUACCGGACAAAGGACCUUGGAGGGACAAGCACCACCGAAGAGGUUGUUGAUGCAGUGUUAGAUGCUUUAGAUUGAUAUAAUUUUAUUUGCUGAUCUCUCAAAUGCGGUCAGCCUCGUAUAUUUUUUGUGCCCUCUAGAGGUGAAAUUGUCAUUGUUUUGGUCCAAAAUAAAUGUUUAUUAUUUAACAGAGAAUGAUAUGAUAAUAAUUUAUUUACAGAGUGUGAUGACUCUCGUCUCUUUAUUCUUUUUUAAAC